CCUCCAAUUUACGCUGGUAUACCUCAAUGAGCUGCAUCCCUGAGCAUAAAGAGAGUUAUCUUUCUGCAUGAAUCCAAUCGUCUUCCCUUGUCGCAGAGUCUGUUUCCUCACUCGUUUCGGUGAGCCUACAAUCCCAAAUCCUCCAGUAAUAUUUCGAAGUGUUGCCAUCACCAAUCAACAUGGGCGUCAAAGCUCUUAUCCUCUCCACUCUUUGUGCCAGCCUUGCAGUGGCAUCUCCCGCACGACGGACUGCUGACAGUGCAGUGAACACCACGACAUGCAAUGGGCAGACUUUCGUUUACGAACAAUUGGCCGGCUAUGGUUUUCUUCCAUCUGACUUUCGUGACAAGUUUGGCGAUACCGCUGGAGGUUUCGGCAGCAGUGCCACCUUCGACCCAAAAUCAUGGACUGUGAACGCUGCAGGAGUCUACAGCGGGAUUCUUUACGCUAUCCCAGACCGCGGCUGGAAUACCAACGGAACCCUCAACUACCAGUCUCGUGUUCAGAAGUUUGAAAUCACGUUCUCACCAAACUACACUUCUACCGUCCAGAACCCUAGCUCUCCAAAUGUACAGCUUCAAUAUCUGGAUUCGAUUCUGUUGACCGACCCUUCCGGCUCACCUCUCAGUGGACUGGACGCCGACGUCCAUGGACCUUAUUUGACAUUCCCUGGCUUCCCGGAGCUUCCAUCAGUCACUUAUACGGGAGACGGAUUCGGUUUGAACGGCACCGGCGGACAUCGCAUUUCAUUGGACUCCGAAGGUCUGGUGCUAGCCGCAGACGGUUCAUUCUGGAUUUCCGACGAAUAUGGACCCUACGUCUACCAUUUCUCUCCUACUGGCCACCUGCUCUCAGCGAUCCGCCCUCCACCUGCAUACAUCCCUCUCCGCAAUGGAAGUGACUCAUUCUCCGCCGACAGUCCACCGAUUUACAACCCCGAUGAAAUCAUCAUUCCCGCAUCCAACCCUACUGGACGUGACGACAAUCAGGGCUUCGAAGGACUGACAGCCUCUCCUGAUGGCAAGACUCUCUACGUUCUGCUGCAAUCUGCCUUGGACCAAGAUGGUGGUCUUAAGAGUGCCAAUCGUCGAAACACCCGAUUCCUUGAGUACGAUAUUUCCAAUCCAUCAAACCCCAUCGCCAAAGCCGAGUACGCCGUGCAGCUGCCAUUCUACUCCAACAACACCAAAGUCGCAGCCCAGUCCGAAGUGCACUACAUCAGCCCAAUGCAGUUCUUGGUCCUAGCCCGCGAUUCCAAUGCAGGUCACGGGCAAAGCAGUUCGACCUCGCUCUAUCGCCACAUCGACGUCUUCGAUAUUUCCAACGCUACAAACACCCUCGGCACGACUUACGAUUGCUUCAACUGUUCCAUUGCGGGUAACUCGACAGGUGUAUUGAAAACUGCAGUGAUCCCAGCCACCUACUGUUCGUGGCUCGAUUUCAAUGUGAACUCCCAGCUCAACCGCUUUGGACUUCACAACGGUGGUGCUCAGAACUCGAGCUUGUUGAACGAGAAGUGGGAGAGCAUUGCCAUGGUUCCUGUCAAUCCUUCUGCAUCCCUGUGCAAGGAUGGAUACACCAAGUCUGACGGAGAGUACUUUAUCUUCAGUUUGAGUGAUAAUGACUUUAUCACACAAAAUGGGUUCAUGGACGGUGGAAAGUUUCCGUACGCGGAUGCGAGCGGGUACAGCCUCGACAACCAAGUGUUAGUCUUCAAGGUGAAAGUUCCCACGUAUUGAGGGUGGGAAGCAUGACCAAAUCAUCAUUUUCAAACAAAAGUGUAUAUAGUUAAUCACGAACAAUGUACAUAUUCUUAUUGCCUAUGGCAGCUUGUUAUAGUACGGUGCAUAGUCGGUUUGGGGUAUGAGGCCUCGGCUGGGGUGGCCCCUGUCGAUGUCCCCCAGCCCUCAUCCUUGCUACCCUGGCUUGACUGGGACCCUGACGACCGACACGAGUGAUCAUUCUUUCUCUGCAUAAACAGCGUUCUCCCCCGGCUUGAAGUUCAUGCUUUUCGAGAACUU